AUGGAGCAUGAGCAGGAAUCAAAGGCGGACGUGGAGUCACCGCCGGCCAGGAUCAAUGAGAGCGUGUCGGAGGACUCGACGCUCGAUGAGAAGAGGGAAAGGCUUCUGAUUCGCAAAAUCGACUAUUACAUUCUGCCCUUGGUUGUUCUUCUCUAUCUGUUUAGCUUUCUUGACAGAGUCAACAUCGGGAAUGCUCGACUGUAUGGUUUGGAAGAGGACCUGGGCCUGGUGGGAAAUCAAUACCAGGUUGCGGUGUCUAUUCUCUUCGUUACAUAUUGUUUGUUUGAGGUACCGUCUAAUCUGGUCAUCAAGAAGCUGAGGCCGUCGCGCUAUCUCGCGUCCAUUGCCGUUAUUUGGGGUGUGAUUGCGACGCUGACCGGCAUCGUUCAAAGCUACGGCGGUUUGAUUGCUUGUCGACUUCUUCUAGGUGUGGUGGAAGCUGGGCUCUUUCCUGGUCUUAUGACAUAUCUGACGCUCUUCUAUUCAAAGAGAGAACUGGCUCUGAGGACGGGGUAUCUCUUCAGCAGCGCAGCCAUCGCGGGAGCCUUUGGCGGGCUUCUAGCGUACGGCAUCGGUUAUAUGGAUGGCAUUAGUGGGCUGAGGGGCUGGCGAUGGAUUAUGAUACUUGAAGGUAUCCCAACUGUCAUCCUUGGCAUCGCAACUUGGUUCGUUCUCGCGGACGAACCCGACACAGCCUAUUAUCUCAACGAAGAGGAAAGAGCGCUUAUUGUCCGCUGCCGCAGUCGCUAUGUCGGACAAACAAUGUCGGCGCAGAAGUUUCACUGGGCAGAUGUCAAAGAAGGCUUCCUGGAUUGGAAGAUCUACGCUUUCAGCAUCGGCCAAUUUGGCGUCGAUACUAUGCUUUACGGCUACAGCACGUUCCUACCGACGAUCAUCAAAGGGAUGGGGUCAUGGUCGAUUCCGGAAGUUCAGGCACUUACCAUUCCCUGCUAUGCGUUGGGUGCACUGGCAUACCUCGCCAUUGCGUGGCUCAGUGAUCGACUCCAGCGUCGCGCAUUGUUCAUCUGCAUUUUCAGCGUCAUCUCUAUGGUCGGCUAUGGGAUUCUUAUCUCCGAUGUCUCUUCCGGCGCGCACUACCUUGGAGCGCUGCUCAUUGCCCUGGGAUUAUAUGUGACAGUUGGUCUACCGCUCGCAUGGCUACCAACUACCCUUCCGCGUUACGGAAAGAGGACGCUGGCGACAGGUAUGCAGCUUACUUUUGGCAAUGUCAGCGGGGUGAUGUCGCCCUUCCUGUACAAAUCAACAGAGGCCCCUCGUUAUGUGCGCGGCAAUGCCGUGACCCUAUCACUGGUCGGAUUCGCGGGCAUCGUAUGGGUUGUAAUGUGGGUGUAUUAUCAUCAUGAGAAUCACCGCAGAGCCAAUGGCCUUGAGGACGAGAAGAUUGCAGGCAUGGCAGAGGAGGAAAUUCAGGAGCUGGGUGAUAAUAGCCCUCGGUUCCGCUACACAACAUGA